AUGGCCACCGCCGGGCAUGCAGGGGCUCGAGCCACGCGCGCGACGCUGGAUUCGGAGGACGAUGACUUUGUCUUCUUCGGGACCGCGCUUCAGAAGGGAGACGAUGUCAGAGGCAGCCAAUAUAGGACGCGGGUGCAGGACCCGGCCGUCACGAAGGGGAAGCCGGUCCACGAGCAGGUCGUCACCGACGAGCAGGGUCGGCGGCGGUUCCACGGCGCGUUCACGGGCGGCUUCAGUGCAGGGUACUUCAACACGGUCGGGUCUGAGGCGGGGUGGACGCCGUCGGCGUUCGUGUCCUCGCGCGGCGCCAGGGCCAAGGUUGCGCAGGCCAGCGUCGAGGACUACUACGACGACGACGAGCUGCGGGAGGCGAAGAAGACGACGCUGACGGCGCGCACGGAGUUCGACACGUUCGGGGACCACGCGACGGAGGCGGAGCGGCGGCGGACGGAGAAGGACGUGGCAGCGGGGCGGUCGGUGGCGGCGACGCUGGCGGCGGAGGGGGCGCUGGGCGCGCUCCUCGCGGGCGGGAGCGGCGCGGGGGAGGGCGUGGGGGCGGAGCUGCUCGUCAAGAUGGGCUGGCGGAAGGGCAAGGGGCUCGGGCGCAAGGACUCGUCGUGGGCGGGACAGCAGGGCACCGACAACACGGAGGUCUUCCGGACAAAGCCCAAGCGGGACCGGUUCGGCCUGGCGUACGACCCCUACGCUGGGCGGUACGCGGAGGUCAAGGAGAUCCGCGACGGCGCCGCCGCGAAGAAGAAGGAGGCGCUGCAGUCGCGGCGUGCGCGCGGCACCGCGUUCGGCACCGGGGCCUUCGACGAGGACACCAUGUUCGGCGAGGCCGACGACUACUACGAGGACGAGGACGCCGGCCCCGGCCGCGGCGGCCUCGGCGCGCUGCCGACCUCGCACCCUCUGUCCCGCGGGGGCGCGGGCGCGCUCGGUCUCGGCGCGGACGGGUUCGCGAAGCUGCGGGGCCGCGGCGCGCGGCCGAUGCUGACCAGCGGCGUGAGCUUCGAGGAGGUCGACCCGCACGCGCGCGCCCUGCCGGACCCGGCCGCCCCGGACGGCCAGCGCAUGCUGUCGCUCACCGCCCCGGGGGAGACCGGGGCGCGGCUCCGCGGGCUCGCGCCCCGGCGCGAAUCCUUCAUCGCGGGGUUCCUCAUGGCGGACGAGGAGGAGCCACCGCCGCGCAUGGAGCCGCCGCGCGUCCCGCGGUCGUUCACCCCGCGACACACCUUCCCGCCGCAGCCACCGCCGCGCGCGCCGUCGCCGCCGCGGCAACGCGGGGCCACGGCCGUGCAGGCCGCCGCCGCGCGGCCGCCGCCCCCCGACGACGCGGCGCUGCGGAAGGCCAUCGAGACGCUCGCGACGUUCGUGGCGCGCAACGGGCCUGCGCUGGAGGACAUAGCACGCGUGCGCAACGCGGACGACGAGCGGUUCCGGUUCCUGCGGGGCGGGGACGGCGCGGAGUACUACCGCUGGGUGGUCGCGAGGGCGCGGGAGGCGGUGCAGGUCGCCGGGGCGAUGUCGCGCAUCGGCCAGCGGGCAGCACCCUACAUGGGCGACGGAGCGGCGGUUCCCACGGGGCCGCCGCCGGCGGCGGCUCCGCGUCGGGAAGAUCACGGCCCAGGUCCGCAGCGGAGCGCUCCGCUCGGCAGCAUCGCGCAGGGGGACCGGGAGCGGCUGCUGGCGUCCCUGAGUCAGAAGUUCGUCAAAGGGACCGUGGAGGGCGUGCAGGGGAGCCUUGACGUCGGAGAGGGUGGCCUGCGGCCAGGCGGGGCCCUGUCCGGGCUGCCGAAGCCAGCGGCGCCGGUGGUGCCGGAGCCGUCGGCUGGGAAGCCGGGCGCGCUGGAGGUGCGGCGGUGGGAGGAGGAGUGGCGCCCCGUGCCCGUCGUGUGCAAGCGGUUCGGCGUCCGCGAUCCGUUCAAGGGCAAGCCGCGUGCUGGCGCAGCGGGCGGCGCCGUGCCGCGCUCCCACACGGACACAAUCUCGCUGCCGGAGACGCAGCGCAUGCUCGCGGAGGGCCGCGUGCCCGCCGCGGAGCCCGCUGCCGCGGCCCCGCAAGCUCCAGAGACGGCGCAGGAUCGAUCGUUCCCGCCGCCCCCGCCCGUGCGGGCAGCGCCUGAGCCUGCGUACCCUGCGCCGCCACCAGUGGCCCCGCCGCAGCCCAGCGGGGAGGCCGGCGGCACCGGCGACCAGGCCGAUGACUUCCUCGCGUCCAUGGGGUUCGCAGCCGCCGCGCAGGCGCCGCCACCGCAGCCUGGCAGCGCACCACCGCCGCCUGCACUAACACAUCCCUCCUUUCCGCCUCCACCGACGCCGCCCGCGCCGCCGCCCGCGGUUGGGCCAUCGAACGCGGUCGAAGGUGCUGCGGGGAGCGCGCCGGGGGCGCCCGAGAGCGCACCUGCGCCAGCACCGCCCCCGAUAGAGCGGCCGCUGGACGUGUUCCGCGCCAUCUUCCAGGACUCGGACUCGGACGAAGACGCGGACGAGGCCGACGACGGAGAGCAGCGGCGCGGUGAGGGAGCAGGAGACGGCCGCCAGGUGGCGGCAGAACGAGCAGCGUCGCCGAAAGGCCCCAGCGCUGGCGGGCCGGCGCGGGAACGCUCGAGAUCGGCGUCGCCGUCCGCUGCGUCGUCGUCGUCGGGAUCGUCGUCGUCGUCUUCGGACUCUGGCUCUUCGUCGGGGCGCGGCGGCGGGGAGGGUUCCGGCCCGCGCAGCGUCGCCGACCUCCAGCGGCAGUUGCAGGAGCUGCAGGGGCGGAAGGGGACGUCGGCGGGGCCGGAGCGCCUGACGACGGCGGAGCGGGGUCUGCUCGAGAUCGUGUCGGCGCUGGACCGGCACCGGAGCGGGAAGCGGCGGCGCGGGCACGACGACGAAAAGCGCAGGAAGGACUCGAAACGGCGGCGGCGGGAGAAGGAGGAGCGGCGCAAGGGGAAGCGGGGGAAGGACAAGAAGGAGAAGAGGAAGAAGCGGUCGCGCGAGGAUCGGGGGAGCGACCGCGGGCGGCGGGACCGCAAGGAGGAGCGCUCGGACAGGCGGCGCAGCAAGUCGUCGCGCAGGUAA